AUGGUGGGAAACAGGUUCCCAUUAAAAUGGCAUGAAGCAAAAUUCAACAAGAAAUUAGUAGGAGAGGUCUUAGAAUUAGUAAAUCCCACAUGCAUGCACCUCCCAGAACUCGUAAUUGGGCCUAAUUCUCAUGCUGCGGAAGUGGUUUCUCUAUGCGACUUCUACUCAUCAGCUGGUGUCUGCAUGUUGGGGAUCUAUGGGAUGGCUGGCAUUGGCAAAACAACCGUUGCCAAAGCCGUGUACAAUCGAUUCCAAGCCGUGUACAAUCGAUUCCACAGGAGGUAUGAAGGUUUCUCCUUUGUGGCUCGUGUAAGAGAGCGCUCGGAGAAUAACAUGCUUCACAAGUUACAGGAACAACUUCUUUCAGAGGUUUUAAGAAAAGAGAACUUUGAAGUCCAUUAUAAUGUUGAUAAGAGAAAAUGCCUAAUCAAAGAAAGACUUGGUCAGAAGAAGGUCUUCAUUGUUCUUGAUGAUGUCGAUGACAUGAGCCAGAUAAAAGCAUUGGCGGAAAAGCGAAGCUGGUUCGGUUCGGGGAGCACAAUAAUUAUUACAACCAGAAGCGAGCAUUUGCUAGAUGAUGUUGGAGUAGACUAUAAGUACAAGGUAACAAGGUUGGAUGAUUUCUCUUCCAGGCGACUCUUUUGCUUUCAUGCUUUCAAAGAUUCUACUGUACCCGAAAAUUUGGAUCAUGAGUUGGUGAAAGACAUAGCACGUCUUGGUGGAGGGGUUCCUUUGUCACUCGAAGUUCUGGGCUCUCUUUUGCAUAAAAAGGAUGAUCAAAUAUGGAGAAGUACCUUUGAAAGCUUGAAAAAUCUUUUUCAUCAUAAUAGCGUUCACAAAGCACUCAAAAUAAGCUACGACUCACUUGAUGAGAACUCUAAGGAGAUUUUCCUUGACAUUGCGUGCUUUUUUAUUGGAGUCCAAGAAGAUUAUGCUAGUCUUGUAUUGACCGGCUGUGGUCGCUCUUUCGGCUUGGGAAAAGGAAUUUUGACUGGAAGAUGUUUACUCAAAAUUGAACAGAAUUAUUUGUGGAUGCACGAUUUAGUUCGAGAUAUGGCCAAAGAAAUUGUUCGUCAAGAGUCACUUAAAGAACCUCAUAAGCGCUCUAGAUUGUGGUUUCAUGAAGAUGUUCGUUAUGUGCUAGAAAAGAACAAGGGUAGUGAUCAGAUAGAAGGCAUCAGCGUCAUCCAUCCCAAAGUCAAAGAUAUAAUUGUGGACACAGAGGCCUUUUCAAGAAUGGAUAGGCUGAAAAUACUUCAAGCAAAAGGAAUGAAUCUUACUGGAAGCUUCAAAAAUGUGUUCGAGGAUCUUCACCUAAGCAAGCUUGUGGCUCUGGACAUGCGAUAUAGCAACAUCACGGAAGCCUGGCAAUCCAACAUCAGGUCCCUGGAAAGCUUGAAACAUCUAAAUCUCAGUCAUUGUCAACGACCAAAGCGAACUCCCGACUUUUCUAGUGCGAUAAGUCUUGAGACACUAUUGUUUACAGGUUGCUCCGAGUUGGUUGAGGUUGAUUCAUCAAUAGGAAAAUUGGUGAAACUUGUUCGCUUAAAUCUGAAAGACUGCAUCAGCCUCAUGUAUAUACCAAGCAGCAUUUGCAAGCUAAAAUCACUUCAACAUUUAAAUAUGUCUGGCUGCUCAGGUCUACAACAGCUGCCUGCUGAUUUCGGACGUUUGACAAACCUAAGAAGCUUAUCGUUACAAGGAUGCAACAGAAGUUUAAAGGCUCAAUCUUGGCGGACUUCUAUAUUAUCUUAUGUACCAUGGGCAGGAAGUAGUUCAUCAUGUCCAGUGAGGUUGUUGCCACACUCGAUUUCCAAUUUAUGUCACUUGACGGAGCUCAAUCUCAAAGAUUGUAGGCUUUCAGAAGCAGAUAUUCCAACCAAUCUUGGGAGUUUAACCUCAUUGAAAUCCCUGGAUUUAGGAGGAAAUGAGUUUUACAGUCUCCCAUCAUCCCUCUUUUGCGACCUAUCUAAGCUACGUAGUCUUGUCCUGGAUAAUUGCAAGAAUCUUCAAAUGCUCUCACUACUUCCUCCUAAUCUGCUAGAGCUCCAUGCAACUGAUUGCUCAUCCAUUGAAAGCCUAGAUAUGUCAAACUACAAGAUAUUGCCCGAGCUCUAUGUAUCUAAUUGCGACAGAUUGUCCGAGAUUAAGGGCAUGGAAACUAUCCAAAAUGUUGAAUAUGUUUGCAUGGAGAGCAGUAAUAAGGUGGCAAGCCGUUUCUGCAGUGAAAGUUUCUUCCAGCUGACUGGAGAAUGUGAUGAAGAUCUUCCUUCUGCGAGCUGCUGUAGCAAGGUUCCAGAAUGGUUCAGCAACCGAGACGAUGGACCUAAGAUUACCAUAACUAUGCCAUCAAACAUAGAACAUAAAUUCCAGGGAAUGAUCCUUUGGUGUGUCUACAGUAGUAUAGACUGGGGAAGUUUUGAAUAUGGUCCUGUCUUAGAGAUCAGUGAUCAAACAAAUGGGAUUACAUGGGUCCUCUGCUUCCCAACUAUUACUGUGAACCAUAACAAACGUUCCUGGGUAAGCUUUGUGCCAAGACAUUACUUUCGUCCUGCUUUGAAAGGCGCAGAAACAAUAACAUUUUCUUUCAGUAUCAGAGAGCAAGGAUUCAUAGGGUUACAAGUGAUAAAAUGUGGCGUUCAUCCAGCCUAUGCUGCUGCAGGAAGAGAAUUGCCAAAAAUUGAGGCUCGAGAUCCUCGGAGUAAUUUUGAGGAAAGGAGGAUCAUACCCUUGUGGAGACCAUCAUACAUUGUUGAUGUAGGCCAAGUUAUGACAUAUAUUCUUAAUAAUGGUACUGAUGGCAAGCAUAUCCAGAAAGUCAUAUUCAAUGGGCUUCGUGUAAUUUCAAAAGAUGGUGAUGGACUUACUUGUUCCUUUCACGACAUCAUUGGCACACCUUACCAUGUAGAUCAAGAAAACUUCCGUCAGAUUUUGCAGGAAGCUUAUGACCAAAGUCGAGUGCAGAACACUACUGAUUGGAGGGAUUUAUUUUGCAGUGUAGUAGUCGACCAAAAGAACAGGUUAAGUUUGGAAGAUGGCUGUUGGAACACUUACAAUACUAAAGUUGUAAUUAUUUGA